AUGGCCGACAAGUUCGUCACCGCCCACGCCGGGGCUAAGAAGGCGGAGGCCAGGGUGAAUGAUAUAUUCGCCGUUAGGCAAUCGCCUGGCGAGGGACUUAGGGACUUCCUCGCUCGGUUUAACAGAGUAAGAAUGAACUUACCAAAUGUAUCAGAAGGGAUGGGGGUGGCAGCUUUCCAAAAUGGGUUGAACAAGAACGGGUCGAGAGCAACCAGAAAGUUAUUAAGCAAGCUCAUGAAAUACCCUCCCACCACUUGGGAAGAAAUUCACAACGCCUACUGCGCCAAGGUGAGAGCAGACGAGGAUGACCUUAACGGUCCAACCCAACGGUAUCAACCAUAUGUCAAAACAACUAUCCCACCCUCUCCUCGCCAUACGGAAGGGCCGUCCAGGAUGCAUACAGGGACUCAGCAAAACGAAAGAGAAAUAGUUUACGCACUAAAGAAGCUCGACCCGAAGGUGAAGUGGCCACAAAAGAUGAAGUCCGACCCAAGUACCCGAAAGUCGAAUGUCCUCUGUGAAUUUCAUCAGGAGCAGGGUCACAAAACCGAGGAUUGCAUAGCAUUACGACAAAAAGUAGUGAACAUGCUUCACCAAGGGCACCUAAGGGAGGUGAUGAGAGACCAAGGAAGAGGCAAAUUCGGCCGCAGACGAGAACAACACCAAGGCCCUCCAAAACCACCCUCCCCCGCCGGCACCAUCCAAAUGAUCAUCGGCGGAGGCGAUGAAGCAACAAUCAACCACGUGAAGUUUACCACCACACAUAAACUGAAGCGGUCGAUCACCCACGAACGGUAUGAUGACCUCGAAGACAGUAUCAUCUUCAAUAAGUCAGAUACCUACAGUUUGACCUUUCCUCACCUCGAUGCUCUUGUCAUUACUUUACGUAUUUGA